UGGACUGUAUACCAUAUAUGGGCGUGUUCCGUGUGUUCAACAGGUUGGUCCAAUCCCGUCAUCUUCCCCAGCGGACCUCACCUGGUGGUUCCGAAAGGCGGUGCUCUGGAACUCCGCUGCCAUGACAACAACACCAACACUCCAUCCACUGUUGUUUCACGGGGGUUGAGGUGGCAGAGAGAGAGGGGCAGGCGGCUGGAAGGGGAGGUAGAGGAGGGAGGAGGGGUAGUGUUUGUUAGGGUGCAGUCUGCCCAGGGAUAUCACAUGGGACGAUACGCCUGUAUCAACAACAACACCAAGGAGCACUCCUCCAUCUACGUCUUUGUGAAAGACCCCCAGAGUCCGUUUCAGCGUUCUAUGGUGAACGGCAUUCUGGUCCGCGUCGGGGAGAACCUGACUUUACCAUGCCUGGUCACCGACCCUGAUGUGACCCCCGUGACCUUACAGACCUGUGACUUACAACCUUUACCCUCCGACCUCCAUUACCACUCCGACCCCCAGCGCGGCGUCAUCAUCGGCAACGCCAGGAAGGAGUACGAGGGUUGCUACGUAUGCUUGGGAGAGCUGGCAGGUGCCACCGUGAGGUCGAGCCAGUAUACUGUGGACGUACGGCUAGUGCCUGAGCAGCCUCCAGUGAUCAGUCUGUCCCAGAGAGAGAGGGUGAUCCUGAGGAGAGGAGAGCAGUUUGAGAUCACCUGCAGCUCCUCCAACCUCAACCCUGACUUCAGCAUUAAGUGGGACUUCCCUGUUGGAGCGCGUGCCUUCCAGGCCCACACCUCCCACAUCCUGGCUGGUUCCCGUGGUUACCAACGCUCCACCUCCCUCUGGAUCACCUCUGUCAACCAAUCAGACGCCGGGACAUACCGAUGCCACGCCCACAACGAGAGGGGCGCCACCGCCGAUACCCUGCACCUGGAAGUCCGUG